AUGCCUGUCCAGUAUGAUUCUUCGGCUACUCUGGUAGAUGCUACUUGGGUAGCUGUCUUAUUGUUCCAGUCCGCGCGCCGGUGCCUGCGCUCAUGCAUUACCGUCCAGAGCGAGCGCGAUGUGGCCGGACAAAUUCCACUUAAUUUCGUGACAAACCCCACUGUCUCACUAUCCGCCGCUUGCUUCGGAAAUCUCGUAUAUGAUCAGGAGGACGCCGCCCAAUGUUUCUCCAACCUUCUAGCAAUCGGGUAUCGACGGCUCGUUGUCGAUCUGUACUGGUCGGUCACCCGCAGAAGCUGGUCUUUCUGUCCGGUGUCUGUUCCGGCCCAAUCCGAUGUAACUGUCUCCUCCGAGACGUCUACUGUGAGCAAGACUUCGGAGACCUCGACGGUCACCACUGCCGAGACUACAACCACGGCAACGAGUGCGGACCCAGCAACUGUCACAGGAUAUGAAGAUUCGAAUGGAGAUAUACUCUAUGAGCUGGGGCAAUAUAGAUGCACCAACAAUCUAGAUCCAUACACCUUGGCUGAGGUGCUUGUUGGCUAUUUCCAAGACACCAACUCCCAGUUGACUGUGUAUACGUCAUACCUCGUUCUCAAUCUUCACGUUGCCGCAAGUGAUUCAACACCAGAUGAACCCGCUUCUACCAUCACCGGAGAGGAAUUGCCCUCGGGAUCAGAGCUAGCGGGUUCGUUACUCGGGACAGCUCUCGCCGACUUUAUCUAUAGCCCUGCCCAACUGGCCACCGACCGAAGCAAUCUCAAUGAUUCUUGGUACCGGGUCGAUCAGAGCUAUAUGCCCAUUACAGAGUAUUUCACAGUUCAUGAAGACGAAGCGGGUCAACAGAGCACCCCGGAUGGAUGGCCAUCAUCAAAAUACAUUCAGCUGGCGAAACGGGAUCGAGUACUCAUAGAGUACGGCACUAUUGAUACUCAACUGGUGGAUUAUGACCUGACUGCAGAUUCAACUAUGAUCUUUCCCCCUGGCUAUCUGACAGCUGGUACGAAUAUUUUUACAGCCGCCAAUGGCACGCUUGCAUCAAGCUGUCGCUAUAAAUCUGGUGCCACAGAUGUAGCCCAGGCCAACUCAUCUUGGGCAAUAUCCAGUGGUAUUUCAGUUCCUGGCGGUCUUUCCACCGAUGAUACUAUGGCUUCAACAUCCGAGAUCAUCUCCGAUAUGACAGCGUGCGGUCUUUCGCCAAUGCUUAACACUACCCUAUUCGGGUCAACUGCCGACACCGAACUUGAACACUACCGCAAUGUCUCCCUGUCAGCUUCUUGGGCCUGGGCGAUUGGCGAACCACACGACGCGAACUAUGCGGGUGGCGAUGGGGAUCCUAAGUAUGAUCGUUGUGCAAUCAUGGAUGUAUCGCUUGACGGCCGUUGGCGGUCAACAAACUGUACAGAGGAACGGCGCGCCGCUUGUCGAAUUGGAAAUUCCCCUUUCUCAUGGCUCCUGUCAGAUUCACCUGCACAUUUCCCCAAUGUUUCAGAAACCUGUCCAGAAGGAUCGAGCUUCGCUGUCCCGCGCACCGGUCUGGAAAACAAAUAUCUCUAUGAACACCUUCUUUCGUUGCCAAACACGAAGAUUGACCCUUCUUCUUCAAAUGCGCAGCUUCGAGAAGUAUAUGUGAACUUCAACUCGAUUGAUGUGACUUCAUGCUGGGUUUCGGCUGGUUAUGGGGCUGCUUGUCCCUAUGCAUCUGACCCGCAGCAAAUUGAGCGCAAAACUGUGCUCGUUGCUGCGGUCGCUGGUAUCAUCAUUCUCGUUAUAGCGGCUUUGACUUUCUUUGUCAAGUGCAAUGCCAAUCGCCGAAACUCUCGACGUAGAAAGCGUGCCAUUGGCGGAUGGGAAUACGAAGGUGUUCCCUCGUGA